AUGUUCAAAAGACAGUUGUUCCAAUCCACAAAAAGAUUUGUUUCUACUACCACAUCGGCUUCUUCUAGUCAGAAAUCUUCUCUACUUUCAAAGAUGGUUACUGCAGGUGUGGCAUUCUCUGGAUUAACCGCAGCUACUCUAUUAUAUAGCGACUCUACUUAUUCAAAGGCUAUGACUGCUGCGGAACAUGGUUUACAUGCUCCUCAAUUUGACUGGCCACAUAAUGGUCCUUUCAACACUUUCGACCAUGCUUCUAUUAGACGUGGUUAUCAAGUUUAUCGUGAAGUUUGUGCUGCCUGUCACUCUUUAGAUCGUGUUGCAUGGAGAAACCUUGUCGACGUUUCGCACACUACUGACGAAGUUAAAGAAAUGGCUGCUCAAUUUGAAUACGACGACGAACCAGAUGAUCAAGGUAAUCCAAGAAAGAGACCAGGGAAGUUGUCUGACUACAUCCCAGGUCCAUACCCAAAUGAAGAAGCUGCCAGAGCCGCUAACCAAGGUGCUUUACCACCAGACUUAUCUUUAAUCGUCAAGGCUAGACACGGUGGUCCAGAUUACGUAUUCUCUCUAUUGACUGGUUAUCCAGAUGAGCCACCAGAAGGUGUUACCUUACCAGCUGGUACUAACUAUAACCCAUAUUUCCCGGGUGGUGCAAUUGCCAUGGGUCGUGUCUUAUUCGAUGAUUUAGUCGAAUAUGAGGAUGGUACUCCAGCUACAACCUCUCAAAUGGCCAAGGAUGUUACUACUUUCCUACAUUGGGCUGCAGAACCAGAAUUGGAUGAAAGAAAGAAAUAUGGUUUGAAAGCUAUCAUAAUAUUAUCCUCUCUAUACUUACUAUCCGUCUGGGUUAAAAAAUUCAAGUGGUCUGCUAUCAAGACAAGAAAGAUUGUUUUUAAUCCACCAAAUACUCCAAAGAGAAGAUAA